AUGGAAGGCGGCACAAAUGUUGGCGAAGUGUUGUUGAAGAAGAAGAAAACGAUAGAAAUUUUUAGUGAUGCUACCUUUAAGCUUCAUAAAUGGCACUCCAAUGCAGCUGAACUGGAGAAAUCCAACAAUGAUCUACCCGAACAAGACAUAGAACAAACAAACGCAACCUACGCAAAGGAACAACUCGGAACAGUGGACACAGUAGCAAAGAUACUGGGCCUGACUUGGAAUAAACUGCAAGAUACGUUCAGUGUCGUCGUAGAAAAGGAAGGAAGCGCAGCGACGACAAAGAGAGGAGCAUUGUCGCAACUAGCAAAGAUUUACGAUCCAAUUGUUCUUAUAUCUCCGACAAUGCUUACUGGGAAACUUUUGUAUCGGAAAAUGUGCGAAAGUCGUUUAUCUUGGGAUCAGGAGAUUGAUGAUGUCAUGGGAAAGUUAUGGCGGGAUUGGUACAACAGACUGCCUACUGCAUAUACAGUCAAUCGUCCACUAGCACCCUUUCAUGUGCCUGUACGGUCUAUUCAUCUACACGGAUUUGGAGAUGCUAGCAAGGAUGGUGUAUCUGCGGUAGUUUAUGCUGUAACGGAUCAAGAAGAUAACCUCACUCAAGGCAUCGUCAGUUCUAAAUCGCGGAUCUCGAAACGAAAUCUUACUAUUCCACGGUUAGAACUUGUUGCUGGACAUAUGGUGACAAACCUGGUGAUCAAUGUAGAGCGUGCAAUUGGUAAAGAAAGAGUGACAUCAAUUCAUUGUUGGCUCGAUUCCACGGUAGCGUUAUGCUGGAUAAACGGUCAGGGUGAAUAUCGCCAGUUUGUAGCAAAUCGAGUGAGAAAGAUCCAACAGCACCAUCACAUCGUCUGGCGUCAUGUUCCAACAACUGAAAAUCUAGCCGACAUUGGGAGCCGCGGUGGGCAUGCUGUCGACAACGAGCUUUGGAGACGUGGACCAAUGUGGCUAAGCAAUAAAGGGAAUUGGCCGCAAGAGAUACUUCCUGUAGUCACUGAGGAGGUAAGAAAGGAAGAAAAAUCUUCGGCACACGUCAUGGUUGGAGCGGAAGACCAGGAGAAAAACGAGUUCGACAAGUUAGUCGAAUCGUAUCCAUUAUGCAAAACCCUUCGUAUCUGCGCUUGGAUAAGAAGAUUCAUCAACAAUUGCAGGCGCACACGCGAUGAACGAAAGACAGGUCCUAUAAAGUACCACGAAAUUGAAAACUGCACACUGUGGUGGAUCAGACGUGAACAAAAUAGUUUUAGAGAGCAGUCUUGUUAUCAAACCCAAAAGCUGGAAUUAAACCUUCAACCAAGGAGCAAUGGAACACUAGAGUGUCGCGGUGGAAGAGAGGGGGAGUAUCCCAUAUUCCUACCGACAAAAUCCACAUUUACGAGGAGAAUUGUGGAACAAGCACAUUUAACAACGCUCCAUGGGGAGUCUCAGCAACCAUGGCCGAAGUGCAAGAGCGAAAUUGGAUCGCGAAACUGCGUCGACUAG